AAGUUUUCCGAGCCGGGACAGCGUUGCCUAGCAGCUAGGCAGAGGACUCUUCCUUCAGUUUUUUCGCUUGUGUAUCGAGGAAGCGCGGACGUUUCCCCCCUCUCGGUCUACCUGUCAUCUGUGCGUUUGUCUCUCGCAGUCUUAAAUGCCAAACAUGUCUCAGACCGUGACGCUUAAGGGACCCUCUCCGUGGGGCUUUCGGCUGGUGGGAGGACGGGAUUUCAGCACGCCGUUAACCAUCUCCAGGGUCACACCUGGCAGCAAGGCCGCCCAAGGUGACCUGUGUCCGGGUGACACCAUCCUGGCGAUCAACGGCGACAGCACAGAGCACAUGACACACAUGGAGGCUCAGAACAGGAUCAAAAACUGCACUCAGCAGCUCGCACUCAGCAUCACCAGGUCGGGAACGGGAGAGAGAGUGUGGUCGCCAACAGUUAGUGAAGAUGGGAAGACAAGCCCUUACAUGGAGCCUGACUCACAGAAUUUCCGUCCCAUCACCAGCGGAUACGGCAGCUACAGCCGUAAGCCUUCAUACACCCCUGAACCUCAGUCUCCUCAGCCCUCUCCUCAGCCCACUCCCCAGCCCACUCACCUGAAUAAUGGACACUCCAGACCCACCAACAACAAUGGCCACAGCUAUGGCUACGGGAACGGAACCGGCCACGCUCAGUACAACAACCCUGCUGGCCUUUAUGCUCAAAAUGGCAGCAACGGAGACAGAUCUCUGCCGAGCAAGAUGGGAGGUCUCAGUCUCAGCGCCACACACAGCCCAGAGCCUCCCAUGCACUCCCCUGUGAGCCGUAAUGGUUUCGACACACAGUCAGACGUCUACAAGAUGCUGCAGGACUACGAGGAGCCCGUCUCUGAACCCAAACAGUCUGGCUCCUUCAAAUACCUCCAGGGAAUCCUGGAGGCCGAGGAUGGAGGCGUGUCACCGACAGAGAGGAUGAGGAGCUUAAAGUCUCCAGUCAGGUCUCCGAUCCCCAAGCUGGGAAGCCCCAUUCCCAGCCCCAUGUCCGGUCUGCAGAAGCUGCCCCAGUGCACACGCUGCUGUAACGGCAUUGUUGGCACCAUUGUGAAGGCCAGGGACAAGCUCUACCAUCCCGAGUGCUUCAUGUGUGACGACUGCGGCAUCAACCUGAAGCAGCGGGGCUACUUCUUUAUCGAGGACAAUCUGUACUGUGAGACCCACGCUAAGGCUCGUGUCCAACCCCCAGAGGGCUACGAUGUCGUCGCCGUGUACCCCAACUCCAAGGUGGAGCUGGUCUGAGAUGGAGAGGCCGGCCAUACUGUAAUAUAACUGGGAAACUAAGAUGUAGUAGAAAUGGGGCUGCUGAGUAUCCUCACCUACACUGAUCAGGCUCUGUCAAACCGGACUGCUGAUCUUGGGUCAGUUUUUACCUUUGGGAGAGUGUGUUAUGACAUGCGUGUUUCAGUGAUCCCAGAUCAGUACUUCUGCAAUGACGGGCUUCAUAAAUUCUUUGUAUAUUGAGCAGAUUGGAAUAUGUUGACAGAAGAAGGCUCAGAUCUGAUGAAUAUCUCAAAACUCUAAUCCAUAAAUAUGCUCACAGUGUUGCUCAAUCCGACCUCCCUCAUCUCUCAAUCAGUGUGUUUACAUGAAAUUGUAGAUCCAGGAAAGCAUGCAUAUGCACAUUCACCACUAUGCUGAGUAGUAGCAGAAUAUUCCAGGAAAUAAUCAAGAAAUGAGACUAAAUGAGAUGCUGUUUGAAAUGAUUACACCAGCUAUCUGCUCCUCUCACAAUCAGUUUACCAGCAUAAGGUCUAAGGCCUCACUCAAGCCUUACAAAUAACUUCAAGACACUAAUGUGUUAUGUGCAUUAUGACAAGAGAUUUGGUGUGUUUGCUGUGCAGAGAAGUUGGUUAUAUUUUCAGAUUUAUUUUCAAUUUAGCUAUUUUAACAGCAGUUUCCCACAGAGCAUAAAAUAUCACUCUUUUUCUGACACAUCAUGUGAGUUAUAGUGAUAUUGUGUUUAAUACUUGGUUAAGGGCUGAAGUUAGCAGUUUUACAGUUAAACAUUAUACUCAUGUUGGAUGCAUCUCUAGUUUACAUAUAUACAGUUUCAUUUUCAGACUUUCUAUGUUACAGACCUGGGAACAGCUCUCUUUAAUUCUCAUUAUUUCUGUUCAUUUUUCAGUUACGUGAAAUGAUAAGCAAAAAAUUCACUAUAAGCAGGUUUCUAGCAGGUAUAUUUGUGGGUAUCUGGAAUGUAUGCCAUUUGCUGACUGUGUUACUGGGCUAUAACCUGUAGUAAAUGCCUCCGUAUGCAGCUUUGCAAGCACCGCCUCCCUAGAAUGUAAACAAAUCCCAGCAGGAGACAUCCUCAAAGCACUGUGAGAAACUCUAGAACUCGGUAAGAAUCGUCUUACAAGAGUUUCUCACUCAUGUGAUCACAGCAACCUCAAUUUAUAAAGACAUAAUAGCAAGAAAUAAGACUUUCAUGAUUAAGUAACUUGGCUUAAUGCAGCAUUUUGAACAGCCGUGACACACAGGGGAUUGUAGCUAGAGGUGCUUCUGGCUCGUGCACCUGACUGAGCGAGGAAUUUCAACUCUCACACAGAAGAAUUCUUCCUCAUAAAAAAAAAAACAA